CUGUCCCGCACGUGUUUUUUCUGCGCGCGUGCAGGACAGAGCUCCCGUUUAAACCCCGGGUUUGUUUUAGUUCACAUCAGUUACCGGCUGUAAUGCACGAAACAAAUCGCGUUUAUUUGCGCAUUAAUGGAGGCGUGUCAGAGAUCACGUGACCUUUAAAGGUCGUCGCUAUAAAUCGGCUUAUAGUGCGCACGCAGUUACACACACACACACACACACACGCAGUGGGGAUCAGAAUCUGGACUAACAUGACAGAUCAAGCAUUUGUCACACUCGCUACAAAUGACAGCUAUGCUAAAGGAGCGAUGGUGCUUGGUGUUUGUUUGAGGAAUCACAAAACAUCUCGUAAACUCACCAUACUGAUCGGAGAUGACAUUUCACAACCCUGCAGGUCAGUCCUCAGUCAGAUAUUUGAUGAGGUGUGUGAGGUGAGUGUGUUGGACAGUGGAGAUGUGACUCGGUUGGCGAUGAUGAAGAGACCUGAGCUCGGUGUCACCUUCACUAAGCUGCACUGCUGGAACCUCACACAUUAUUCAAAGUGUGUGUUUAUGGAUGCAGACACACUGGUUCUGUGUAACAUUGACGAGCUGUUCGAGCGUGACGAGCUCUCGGCUGCCCCUGACCCUGGCUGGCCCGACUGCUUUAACUCCGGAGUGUUUGUGUUUCAGCCGUCGAAGGAAACAUACACCGAGUUACUGAACUCCUGCAUGCAGCACGGCAGCUUUGAUGGUGGGGAUCAAGGUGUGUUAAACAACUAUUUCAGUGACUGGGCUACAGCUGAUAUCGCCAAACACCUUCCUUUCAUCUAUAAUCUAAGCAGUGUCUCCAUCUACACCUACCUACCAGCUUUCAAACAGUUUGGCCACAAUGCUAAAGUGAUCCACUUCCUGGGUGAGAAGAAGCCGUGGGAUUACCAGCUCGGUGAUGAUGAAGAGUGCAGCAGUGAGAAAGUUUCUUCGUCUCUGCACCCUGAUUUCGUUCAGCAGUGGUGGUGUGUGUUUAAGUCGUCAGUACUUCCGUUACUGUUGAAGGAGCACACACACACACCCCCGCUCUCGGACAUGCCCAGCGUGAAGCAGAAGAGUGUGUAUGUGGAGGCAGCCCGGGUGGAGAAGUGUGUUGAUCCACCGGCUCCUCAAACCUCCUCACAGGACAGGAAGCAGAAGUGGGAGCAGGGAGACGCUGAUUAUCUCGGAGAAGAUUCGUUUGAACACAUCGAGAGAAAACUUGAUUCCUUCCUCAUGUGAACAACACACACACACAACACACACACACACACACAACACACACACACACAGAGGGGAUUAUAUUUGCUUCAAAAGUAGGGAUGCAUCAAUACUCUAACAUCUGAUAACAUACACUAACAUACUUUAACCAGUUGUAAUACCAAGUGAUACCAUGUGACCUUCAUGCUAAUGAACAGACAACAGGAAGUGACAGCGAUCUGGAGCUUUUCACAGAUUUCCAUCUUUCAUUAAAUUCAGCAUGAGGAGUUCAUCACCAAGUGAGAAAAAGUGACUACAGUCAACCCAAGCUAAGUGAAAAGAAUAGCUCACUGCUAGCUAGCUAAUCAAUCUAAUAUAGCUAGCUAACUAAUGUAGCUAGCUAAUCAAUCUAAUAUAGCUAGCUAAUUAAUGUAGCUAGCAAAUCAAUCUAAUAUAGCUAGCUAAUUAAUGUAGCUAGCAAAUCAAUCUAAUAUAGCUAGCUAAUUAAUGUAGCUGGCUAAUCAAUCUAAUAUAGCUAGCUAACUAAUGUAGCUGGCUAAUCAAUCUAAUAUAGCUAGCUAAUUAAUGUAGCUGGCUAAUCAAUCUAAUAUAGCUAGCUAGCUAAUGUAGGUAGCUAAUCAAUCUAAUAUAGCUAGCUAACUAAUGU